UCUGAGGUGAUGUCACGACGGGGCGGGCCUAAAUUCCAACUGCCGUCUACUUUUGUCUCUACGUGGAGGAGGCAGGACUGCAGACUGGACGCUGUCUGGAAUUUCAGGCGCACCGACAUCUCACUUUUCUCUGACUGACCAGCUCGGGUCAUUCACAUAAAAUGUCUGGAAAGAUAACAAAAGAAGAGAUGGAGGAGAUGGAGGAUAUGUUUAAGAAAAUUGAUCUGGACAGCAAUGGAUAUAUCUGUAAUAAUGAACUCCACGAGCUCCUCAAAGACACCGGCCACCCUCUUCCUGGAUACAUUGUCCGAGACAUCAUCCAGAAACUCGACCAAGACCACAAUAAUAGGAUCUCUUUCGACGAGUUUUUAGCGGUACAUCGUCACGACCUUAGGUGCAGCGAAAUAGCAAAAACUUUCCGCAAGGCCAUCAACAGAAAAGAAGGCAUCCUGGCUAUUGGAGGGAUGUCUGAGCAGUCGAGUGAAGGCACACAACACUCCUUCUCUGAGGAGGAGCGAUUUGCCUUUGUGAACUGGAUCAACUCUGCUCUGGAAAGAGACCCUGACUGCCAACAUGUCCUGCCCAUGGAUCCCAACAACGAGUCUCUCUUCAAGUCUGUAGGAGAUGGUAUUGUCCUCUGCAAAAUGAUCAACCUGUCAGUCCCAGACACGAUUGACGAGAGGACCAUUACUAAAAAGAAUAAACUCUCAGUGUUUACAGAGCAGGAGAAUCUGAACCUGGCUCUAAAUUCCGCCUCUGCUAUCGGCUGCCAUGUGGUGAACAUCGGCGCCUCCGACCUGAGAGAGGGAAAGCCCCAUCUGGUGCUUGGCCUGCUGUGGCAGAUCAUCAAAAUCGGCCUGUUUGCUGACAUUGAGCUCAGCAGGAAUGAAGCACUGGCGGCACUGCUGAGAGAUGGGGAAACCCUGGAGGACCUGAUGAAGCUGUCUCCAGAAGAACUGCUGUUGCGCUGGGCAAACUUUCACCUGGAAAAUGCUGGCCAGCCCAAGAUCAACAACUUUAGUAGUGACAUCAAGGACUCCAGAGCCUAUUUCCACCUCCUGAACCAAAUCUCUCCAAAAGGCACAGAUGAAGAUCAGCCCCGCAUAGACAUCAGCAUGGGCGGCAUCAAUGAGAAAGACGACCUUAAGAGGGCAGAGGCUAUGCUGCAGCAGGCUGACAGGCUCGGCUGUCGACAGUUUGUCACGCCAAACGACGUCGUCAGUGGAAACCCCAAACUCAAUCUCGCCUUUGUGGCUAAUCUGUUCAACAAAUAUCCAGCGCUGACCAAACCUGAGAGGGACAUUGACUGGGGACUAUUAGAAGGUGAGACAAGAGAAGAAAGGACAUUCAGGAACUGGAUGAACUCACUUGGAGUGAACCCUCAUGUCAAUCAUCUUUAUGGAGACCUGCAGGAUGCCAUGGUCAUCCUCCAGCUCUAUGAGAAGAUCAAAAUCCCUGUGGACUGGAACACCAAGGUCAACAUGCCGCCUUAUCCCAAGCUGGGAACCUACAUGAAGAAGUUGGAGAAUUGUAACUAUGCAGUGGAACUGGGCCACAAAGCCAAGUUCUCCCUCGUUGGCAUCGCAGGAGGCGACCUGAAAGAUGGCAACCCUACUCUGACUCUAGCUCUGGUGUGGCAGCUGAUGAGAAGAUAUACAUUGAAUGUACUGCAGGAUCUGGGGGAUGGAAGUAAAGUAAAUGAUGACAUCAUUUUGAAAUGGGUGAAUCAAACAUUGGCCGAGGCUGGAAAAUCAAGCAAGAUUUCAAGCUUUAAGGACAAGGAGAUCAGCAGCAGUAUGGCAGUUCUGGAACUAAUAGACGCCAUCCAGCCGAACUGUAUCGACUACGACCUGAUAAAAACAGGCAGCCUCUCUGAAGAGGACAAGCUGGAGAACGCCAAAUACGCCGUCUCUAUGGCAAGGAAGAUCGGCGCCCGUGUCUACGCUCUCCCUGAGGACCUCGUGGAGGUCAAGAGCAAAAUGGUGAUGACAGUCUUUGCCUGCUUGAUGGGUCGGGGAAUGAAGCGGUGUUAAGAGACUUUCUGGGACUGUAUGGGAUUAUUGUGACACUUACCAAACUAUCCACAAGCCAUUAGCGUUUUGAUAGAGCGAGAGCUCUCCCAACUGAAGGAAUGAAGAGAAAGAUUUUUUUGUGGUUAUUAUAGGAGAAUAACAUGAAGAUAUGAAGUCAGAAUCUGAAUUUGCAUGUAUCCGGGUCUCUUUUGAGGCGUUUACUGAAGAAUAAUUUGCUGUCCUCUCAUUUAUUGUGAGUCCAAAACACAAAAUUUUCCAAAGAUAUGGCCCUUAUGUUAAAGGACAACUUGUUACUUUCAAUAUGCCGACCUCUUGUUCAAUGUAUAAGAAUGCUGUUUUAUAAAGCAAGUAUGCAUUUUUCCAGCUGCAAGGUUGUUUACAUAUUUUUACUCAGACUGAUAAGUAAAUCAUAUCCUUAAAUAAAAAACACACACAUUCCUGAAUACCAAACCAAUGAAUAAAUGCUUGAUAAGGUUAAUUAAAAAAAAAAAGUCAGAGGGAUGACAUGUUGAGGUGGAGCACAGGUUGAAAAUCACCAAAACAACCCCUCUAAUUUAAUCAAAUACAAGCAUGUCUUAAUAACUGGCACUAUAAACUUAUACAUAUCGCUAUACGGUAGCCACACGGUCAUUUUAUAGUAAUGACCCGCCUAAUGAGCUGUCUGUAUUCAUGUACUUGUCAUUUUUUUUGUUUGUUUGUUUGUUUUUUGGAUUAUUGAGGUAAAUGCUGUUUGAGGGGGGUUGUCUAGUUGUGUAGGGGGCUUCUGUCUGUUACGUUGGAUGAAGAGCAGGCUGACUGGACUCUCCUGGCUUCUGCUGUGCCUUCUUCUUCUUAUCUCGGAGAUGACUUGUACGAGUGCUUUGAGGUUUUCUGUUUUUCUAUUGUACUCAACAUUACCAAAUACGAACAGUUACUUCAUUCCAGGUAGUUUAAUGAUAUUCAGUGACAACGGCCAAAUUGUAUUUGGUGUCGUGUUCAUGCCUAGCCUAAAGUGCAUUACAUGUAACAAUAAAUAAGACUUUGAAAGCUAA